AUGGUCAAAGACUGGAAAUUCACGGGUUGCGAAUUUAAGCUUGGCAACAACAAGCGCGACGCAUACGGCAAUCGGAGCGUCUACGGCAAGAACAACGGGUACGGCAAGCGAGACGGGUAUGGCCAACAAGACAGUGAUGACUCGCUCGAUAGCUACGACACGCGUGGGGCGUACGGCAAGCAGAAUGGCUAUCGCAGCAACGACGACUAUGGCAAGCGUUACGGGUACGGCGGCGCGGCGGUGGGUAUCAACGCCGCCACGGGGCUCCCAGCUGGCGCAGGUGUGGGUGCCAGAGGCUACGGCAGAGCUGGCGUCGGACUCAAUGCGGGUGCUAGCUUAAACACUGGUGCUGGUCUCAACGCUGGAGCGGGACUGAAUGCCGGUGCCGGACUCAACGCCGGUGCCGGUCUCAAAGGCCGGUGCCGGACUCAACGCUGGUGCGGGACCGCUGGUGCGGGACUGAACGCAGGUGUGGGUGGAAACUCUGCCGGCAAGGCUUACGGAGGAUACUCCAAGCCUGGCGCCUACCGCCACUUGCGCGCGUAA